AUGGAAAUGCCAAUUCCGGCCGUGGCAGGCGGCGGAAACCUAGCCCUCGACUCGCGCUCCUCCAUGGUGGAGCAAGAGGAGGCAGGAGAGGACGGGGGCCAUGAAGCCUCCAAGAUCCUAGCGUCGGCUUCUGCGGGAUUCGGGCGCCAGAUCUCGGGUGUGGCUUCGUCGUCCUGCAAUUUCUUACAGACAGAUAAAUAUGGAUGUGCUCGUGUGGACAUGGCAACCCUACCAUCUGAGCUUGCGCCAAAAGAAUUGAGUGGUCAAGAAGCAGAUCAACAAAGGAGUAAGCAUACAACUUCAAGGAGUGUGAACGUGAAGAAGUCAUUGCUAGUGAAACGGAUGUCAUCUGCUGCUAAUGCUCCAAAGCCUUCAACAGAGAAGCGGAGGAAGUCAUCUGCUUCGAACGUGCAAUUUAUGAGGUCCCCGCUACUGAAUAGGAUCCUAGCAUCGCCAAGGAUGCGCCACUCCAGAGCCAAACACCAGAGGUCACCAUGUGCAGGAUUGUCAUCUUCAACCUUACCCGAUGAUGCAAGAACGGCGGCUUCUCCUAAUCUUGGCAAAGAUGCAGCAUCAAGGAGCGUGGAUAGGAUCAAGUCCUUGCUGUCAAAACGGAAGUCAUCUAUUGUUAAUGCUUCAAAUCAUUCAGAAGGAAUGCAGAGGAAGUCAUCUGCUUCACAUGUGCAUUAUGUGAGAUCUCCGGUACUUAAUAGAAUGCUACAGUCGCCAAGGAUGAGCCAGUCUUCGGUACUAUCUGCAAGAUCAUCAACUUCGUCUUCAUCUGAUGAUACAAGAAUAGUUAUUUCUCCUGAUCUUGGCCCAGCUCUAAAGAAUUGGAAGUUUGACCAAGAGGUCUCACGUAAAGCCAUUGUUAACUUUAUCGUAUUGCAGGAGCUGUCCUUUAGUUUAGUUGACCAUGCACCGUUUCAGAAAUUUAGUGCUACCUUAAAUCCUUGGUUUACCAUAGUGUCUAAAACUACAGUUGUUGAGGAUAUUAUGAGCUCAUAUGAGGAUCGAAGGUUAGCCCUUCGGGAAACUAUCAAAAAUUCAAAUUCAAGGGUCUGUCUAACUGCUGAUCUGUGGACUUCAAAUCAGAACCUAGGUUACUUGUGCAUUAUUUGUCACUUCAUUGAUAAUGACUGGAUGUUGCAGAAGAGAAUAAUAGGUUUUGGUCUUGUAGCUUCGCCCCAUGAUGGUUUUACUUUGUUUAAUGCAUUGUUGAAGUGUUUGCAAGAAUGGAAGUUAGAGCACAAGGUAUUUAACAUCACAUUAGAUAAUGCAAAGAACAACAACAACAUGGUUGGUUCCUUAAGGAAAAAUCUUUUAGAAAGACACCUUAUGCUUGGAAAUGGUGAUCUGCUACAUAUGCGUUGUGUAGCGCAUGUGUUGAACCUUAUUGUCAAGGAGGGAUUUAAGAUAUGUGUUCUAGUAGUUCUAGAUCCUAGGUUUAAGCUCAGUUUUGUAUCAUUUUGUUUGGACGCUAGUUUUGGUGAUAAAGGUCCAGCAUACACUGAAAUGGUGAAGGCCACAUUGCAAAAUCUAUUUUCUGCAUAUUCAUCAAUGGCACCUGAUUUAAACUACUCACAACCAGAGCCCAAUGAUGGAAGUAUUGAUGAAGAUGAUCUAAAGGACUUUGAACAACAUCUUGCAGCACAAAAAAGGAAGAGAGUGAAAAGUUUAUCAGAUGUUAAAUUAUCAGAAGAUGAUAUUGGCGAUGGUGACGAUAUUUGA